AUGUGGAACGGAACUGAAGAAUUUAUAGAAGGAUGGAAUGAGUUCGUCAAAACGGCUUUCAUUGAAGAACCCUAUUCGUCUAAAGUGAUGUUUUCAGUAUCUUUACUAGUCGUGUUCAUCAUCAGUUUAGUUGGAAAUGUGUUAACAUGCGUCGUGAUUUAUUACGAUAAAACCAUGCACACAGCUACAAACUACUACUUAUUUGAUUUAGCUGUCUCAGAUUUACUCGUCACGUUCCCAAUUUUGAUCAUCGUUUAUCAAGUUCUAAUACCAGAGAUUCCUAUAGUGGAGUAUAAAACUGGAGUGAUGACUUGUAAGUUCAUUCUUUGCAUUCAAUUCACAUUUGUUUCCUUACUUUGGAACCACGGUAUUCUAGUAAUGACAGCGUUAUCCAUUGAAAGAUAUAUAGCGAUAUGUUACCCAAUGAUGUUACAACAAACACCAGUUUGGAGAAGAAUUGGAAAGAUUAUUUUGGCUAUUUGGUUGAUCGCCAUUGCAGAGACACUUCCGUUGUUGUGGACACUUGACGUUGUAGAUACUGGCAAAAAUUUGAAAUGCUUCUCGGUUCCAACUCGUACAGCGAGGAUAAUAAUGGCAACUUUGGCAGUAGCUACAUUCAUUUUACCUCUAAGUAUCAUGAUUUUUGUAUGUACAAUGAUAGCAUUCAAAGUCAAUGAUAAUCAGAAACACUAUAUGAAAGAUACCUUUGUGUAUAAUAAUGCUUUUAAAAGAAAAAAUGUUAAUAAGUUGAUCGCAGCUCUGACGGUGUCUUUUGUGGUUUGCUGGCUGCCGACCUUUACACUGAGGAUGUUAUUGUUCUUCACGGACAUACCGAAGGUGGUGCAUUUCCAUGGGUGGUUCACAACUGGACACAAAGUUGCGAUGUUUAACAGCUGGUUCACUACGGUGCUCAACCCGCUGCUUUUCAGUCUAAUAUCCAUCAAAUUCAGAAAAGCACUUAAGAUACUAUGGGACAAAAAAAUCAAAAAACGGUACUUUCAAACAAAGAAAAGUAUGACUGCUGAAAAUCAAGAAAAAAAGUCAACAUCAUGUUAUCUGGUCGUGCAAACAUGA